AUGGAGUACCUUCCUAGUCUUCAACAGGAGUUCGAUGAGCACAAGCCGUCGCUCUUCGAACUCCUCGCUGAGCAACAACUCUCUGAUCUUCUCCCUCCAUCUUUGCGUUAUCUUCUUGCUGUCGCAACACACCGCCACCCGCGCUACCUCCUCCGGAUCCUCAAUUCAUACGACGAAGUCUACGCCCUCCUCUCAUUAAUUGUCGAACGUUACUACCUGCGAACAUUCGGCGGCUCCUUUACAGAAAAUUUCUAUUCCCUGAAACGUGAGCGCGUUCUCCGCACCAAGAAUGGCGAGAUCCCGCGCGCCCAGGUCGGCGCUGCAGGCCCCGUCCGCGAGGCCCUAAAGCUGCAUUCGACGGACAUCUGGAAGAAUUUGUUCGUCAUGGUUGGCAUCCCUUAUAUAAAACGCAGAUUAGAUGAAGGAUACGACAUCCAUGCCGCGCCACAUGCCUCCCUGGUCUCCAGCGGCGGCCCACGAUAUAACCCCAGCGACGACCUGCCGGCCAACCCGUCGCUGCGCCAGCGACUCUUCUUCUACUACAAGUGGUUUUUGCGCAAUGUCUAUCCAUCCGUGAAUGCGGCAUACUAUAUCUCCAUCCUGGCGUUUAACCUCGCCUAUCUCUUCGACAACACAAAGUACUCCUCCCCAUUCCUGUGGCUUAUCGGCACGCGCAUCCGCCGCCUCGGCGCCGCAGACCACCGAGCCAUUGCCGCAGUUCUAGAUCCCAAACCUGGCCCUAGCACCGGGCGAUCUGGGCGACCCGGAAGAGGUCUGCUAGGCCUCCUUAGUCCCCAGAACCUUCAUACUCAGCUCCUGGGCUCGCUGCGCUACUUCCUUCCUGCGUCGAUCUUCGCCCUCAAGUUCCUAGAAUGGUGGCAUGCAAGUGACUUCUCUCGCCAGCUUGCUCGUAAGGCAACUGAAGUUCUUGAUCUGCCCGCCCCCGUUGUGGCAGGCUUGACUUCUCCCGCGGAACGACGGAAAUCGUCAAUCCAAGACGAGAAAGAAAAGGCCAAGAAACAGGCCGAGCAGGAGAAGAAGAGUGGUGCCGGUGAUCUUAAACCAGCACUCAAGUCUCCUCGUCGCCACCAACCCCCCAUCUCCGCGACUUCCUACCUUCCCAUUUACACCGUGUCUUUGCCUCCGGCUGACCCCUCAAGCGCCAACACUUGCCCUGUUUGUAUGGGUGCACUCGUCAAUCCGACUGCUUGCCAGACGGGGUAUGUGUUCUGUUAUGUGUGCAUUUUCCACUGGCUGAAUGGUGAGCACCAGCGCCAACUGGAUUUCAUGGCCGGUGAGGGUGCCGGCGCACCAUGGGAAGAGGAGAUCACAGGUGAUGAUGAUGAGACGAAAAAGAAUUCUAGUGGCGAAGACUCUGAAGAAGGCCCUCGCAAACGAUCUGGCUGUCCUUUUGCAAGCAACAGAACGGUUGUUACGAUGCGCGAUAGACAGGGCGGCGGACUCGGGUUGCUUCAAGAUACUCAGCUGAUUGAGACCUUAGCUCAUUUCUCUCGCGAGAGAAUUCCGGAGCGAGUCGUUCAUGCCAAAGCUGUUGGAUAUGGCGAGUUCGAAGCUACCCGCGAUUGCUCCGACUUUACCUGCGCCAGCUUUCUCAACAGGACCGGAAAGAAAACAUCGGUGCUUCAGCGUGUGUCGACAGUCGGGGCCGAGUCUGGAUCUGCUGAUACCACUCGCGAUGUGCAUGGAUGGUCAAUGAAACUCUACACAGACGAGGGAAACCUCGACUGGGUUUUCAACAACACGCCUGUCUUUUUCAUUCGUGACCCGAUCAAAUUUCCGUCAAUGAACCGAUCCCACAAGCGUCACCCUCAAACCCAUCUUCCUGACGCAAAUAUGUUCUGGGAUUUCCACGUCGGUAACCCUGAAGGCAUACACCAACUUAUGAUCCUGUUCAGCGACAGAGGUACUCCAAAAUCGGUUCGCUACAUGAAUUCAUACAGUGGGAAUACAUACAAGUUCACCAAAACGGAUGGCUCGUUUAAAUAUGCCAAAAUCCACGUUAAAACGCAGCAAGGAAUACAAAAUUUUACCAGUGAAGAAGCUACCAAGAUCGUCGGAGAGAACCCUGACUAUAUGAUUCAGGACAUGGUUGAGGCCAUCGAGAGAGGCGACUAUCCUGUUUGGAAUGUCUACGUCCAGCUGAUGAGCCCUGAACAGGCCGAGAAAUACGAAACAAAUAUCUUCGAUAUGACCAAGCCGCGAAACUAUUUCGCAGAUAUUGAACAAGCUGCGUUUUCGCCAUCGACGAUGGUUCCGGGAUUCGCUGCGUCGGCCGAUCCAGUGCUACAAGCACGACUCUUCGCAUACCCUGACGCGGCCCGCUACCGACUCGGGGUAAAUUACCAGCAACUCCCAACCAACGCUGCCAAGGCCCAAGUCUACUCUCCUUUCCAGAGGGACGGAAAGAUGCGAUUGGAUGACAACUAUGGCGGGGACCCUAGCUAUGUUGGCUCCUCAAUCAAGCCCACUAGGUUCUACCAAGACGUGAAAGGGUCAAAACUUAGAGCAUUGUUCUUACACACCGAUCAUGAAAAAUGGGUGGGAGAGGUUUUGGCCUACACUAGCGAGAUUACUGACGCAGACUUUGUCCAACCUGCAGCGUUGUGGGAGAUUAUUGGCCGGGAGCCUGGUCACCAGGAUAGGCUUAUUGACAAUCUUGUAUCCAGCGUUAAGGGUGUUAAGUACACCGAAUUGCGCAAGGCUGUCUAUAGCCUUUUUAGUCGUGUCAACAAGGACCUCGGGUUGAGGUUGCAAGAACGAACCGAAGCAGCGCUCAAGGCCGCGUGUGAUCGACCUGUCUAG